AUUUAGUUGUUUUUUAGCUCUUCUCAAGCAAACAUUUAAUUAAAAAUUUCCAUAUUUUUUCAAAUUAAAACAAAUGUAGAAUUUUUAAACCUAUGGUUGUAGAUUUAGAAUGAAAUCGAAAAAGGGCGCAUUUGCCAACUCGUCUACAGGUUAUAGUAAACGUCAUAAUACUAGUGCGCAUAAGUCCAAUAGUAAUAAACCCGUUAAAUCAACGGAAUCUUUGUCCGGCUCCGUUAGUAAGAAGAACAAAAAGGCGGUUGACAAAGAAACUGAUAAACCGCCAGUGGAGGAACAAGAUAAUGAUUUGAAUUCGGGGUUUGGUAAUUACAUGAGAUCAAAUGAAGGAGUUGAAAUGAUGAAAAUCUUUGUAUUCGCCAAUACGGUAAUGGUGAUUGUUACUAUGGCUUGGCCUCAUUUUAAAGCGCAAUGUUACUGGUUAUGGGAAUGGUUGGAAACUUUUGCAGAAGAAUAAAUUUAAAAG